CCGUCCCUUUCCAGUGAGUGGGACUCGCUCGUCUGGCUCGCUCGAGCCCGAGACUCCGUGUCAUUCGCACAUGCGCACCGGCCGCCUGCGAGCGACUCGUCUUGCCGCACCGACACGCUGAACUCUACAUCGCGUCAUUCGCGGCCACGCAUUCCAGUUCCGUAGUAAUAAAAAUGGUUAUAGAAAAGUGAUUCAGUCGCGUCUGAGACACCAUUGUCGCCUGUCCUGACUACCUGAAUUUCAGUGAAAGUUUCCAUGAAAAAAACUAGUUAGAUCGCGCGAGUUUGUGGCCCACGUGCGUUGUUUGCCGGUAAAGUGCGAUCGAUUUUGGCGCGAUGGGUGAUGUGACUCUGCCCGACGAUGGGAAAGUGGUUUUGAAACGGAAAAUUACACUUUUUAAUGGUGUGGGCAUCAUUAUUGGCACUAUUAUUGGAUCUGGAAUUUUCAUUUCGCCGACUGGAGUGUUCCUGUACACGGGGUCGGUCGGGGCUUCGCUGAUAAUAUGGCUUACUUGCGGUCUGUUGUCGACGCUCGGAGCGCUGUGCUAUGCUGAGCUGGGCACCUCUAUCACGAGGUCUGGCGGGGACUACGCCUACAUAUACACGGCGUUCGGUCCCCUGCCUGCCUUCCUGAGGAUGUGGAUAGCGCUGCUCAUCAUCAGGCCCACGACGCAGGCCAUCGUCGCGCUGACCUUCGGCCAUUACGUGGUGAAACCUUUCUUCCCCGAAUGCGACCCUCCGCAAAAUGCCGUCAAGCUGUUGGCGGCUGUAUGCUUGUGCGUGCUGACCGCCAUCAACUGCAUCAGCGUGCGGUGGACCAUGAGGAUCCAGGACGUGUUCACCACCUCCAAGCUAUUGGCGCUCGUCGUCAUCAUCAUCUCUGGUGUCUACUACAUCUGUAUCGGUCACACAGAGAAUUUUGAGAACUCGUUCGAAGGCGAGUAUGGAGCCGGCAAGAUGGCGCUGGCCUUCUACUCGGGGCUGUUCGCGUUCGGCGGCUGGAACUACCUCAACUUCGUCACUGAAGAGCUGCAGGAUCCGUACAAGAACCUACCGCGCGCGAUCUGGAUCGCCAUGCCGAUGGUGACCACGAUCUACGUGCUGGCCAACCUGGCGUACUUCGCCGUCGUCAGCAAGCUCGAGAUGAUGUCAAACCCCGCCAUAGCUGCUAUAUUUGGUGACCGUCUCUUCGGCAGCUGGAGUUGGGUGAUCCCCGUGUUCGUGGCAUUAUCGACCUUCGGCGGAGUGAAUGGAGUCCUGUUCACGUCGGCCAGGCUGUUCGCGACGGGCGCUCAGGAGGGUCAUAUGCCGGGGUUCUUCACUCUCUUCCAUAUAGAGAAACAGACGCCUAUACCUUCGCUGAUCUUUACUUGCCUAUUCUCCUUGCUGAUGCUGACGACGAGCAACGUGUUCGACCUCAUCAACUACUUCUCUCAAACCCUGUGGCUGUCAGUGGGCGCCUCCGUGGUGGGCAUGCUGUGGCUGCGGCACUCCAAGCCCGACAUCCCGCGCCCCAUCAAGGUCAACAUCCUCGUCCCAUACCUCUUCCUUCUCGCCAUUGGCUGCCUCGUCGUCAUCCCUGCCAUCUACCAACCAAAAGACACGGCGAUAGGCGUAGCUAUUCUACUGUCAGGAGUCCCGAUUUACUAUCUCUGUGUCAAGUGGAAGACAAAACCGGAAAGCUACCAUACGGUCUCCGGGUGUAUUCUAAGGUUCUUUCAAAAACUUUGUUCCUGUAUCUACGUGGACUCUGCUGAAAAGUUGUCCAAUUGAAGGGAUUGAGGAGAGAACUGUAUCCAAUGUAUUGAACGGACCAAUAUUAAUAUGUGUGCUUAUUGUGUUCAGGCGUUUCUAUAGCAUGAAUCGAGCUGACGUACGAGCCGUCCUAUUGUUUCUUUUGUUACAAAGAAAAUGCAAGAUAUUUAGUAGCGAAGGCAUUGAAAUUUGUUUGACAAUAAGUUAUUGGUGUGAAUGUGCGGCCGUGAGUCGUGAUUGAAGGAGUACUGUAUUAUUUGUUAAUAUCGUGGAUGGCAAUGUAUAAAUGAAGUAAGUAUAUAUAAAGUUUGACUAAAGAUAAAAAAUGUGAUAUUUUAUGAACUUUGAUGUUACUGCUGCUAUUCCACUCAGUAUUUAUGAAUUUUUCACAAAGUUUGAGAUUUUAAUGAUGUGUAAGUAUUUCUUUUAUUAAGGAAUUUUGAAAGUUUUACAUUUUAUGUGUCAUCAUUAUUAUUAAGAAGUGGCUUAGCAUCGUGUGUUGUAUAAAUUCGUAUCAUCGUAUUCAUCAUUAAUCAAUCAUAUUUAUUAAAAAUAAAUUAAAAUACUUACAUAAUAUGUACGAUGUAAACCUAGGUACUAAACACUUAUUAACUUUAUUUAAGAGCUCCUCAAAUCAAUCGGAAAUCAAACUUGCUCUCUUAUAAGUGUGUUAUUUGCGAUUUUAAAGCAUAAGUAUAAUUUUUGCUUUAAGUACCUCGAAAAGGACAAGACAUUCCUCUUAAUUUAUCAUUUGAUAGUGUUAAAUAGUGAUUCUACAUUGUUAUUGACUUAUUUAAAUGAAGACUUAUAGGUAAAUGCACUUAAUAUACAUACCUACACAUAUAUAAUAUGUUGAGUUUAUACUACUAUCUACUUAGAUGUAAUAACAAUAAGUUACCUGAAUACGAUAAAUUGCAAUUUAUGUCUCGAUUAUGAAACUAUCUGAUUUAUUAAUAAUGCCGAAAUAUACCUACUUAUGUAGUAAUUUUAUACGAUAUUAUAAUACCUACUGUCUGAAAGAGUAUUUUAGUUUGAAUAAGGAUAAAAAAAACAGCGCUAAAUGAAUCAAUUCUUUCAGCGCAUUCAUAUUAUAUACCUACUUAAAUAUCUAAAUUAUAUGUUAUGUAGGUUUACAUAUAGAUACUAUUAUAAAUUUAUGAAUAUAAUUGCUAAAUUAUGA